AGACGAGCCUAUUUGGUUGUAUUUUUCUGCAUGGAAAAUAUCCCGCAUGGUUUGCUCCAGAUUAUGCCACUUAUCACCAUAACAUCAGAUCCAACAUGGCCCCGUUAUUAAGAAUAUCAGUACUAUGGAGCAAACGAUAUGAAUAGCCGAAUCAACUCACAAGGAGUGUUGUAGCGACUAAUGGGAGGCUGUGAAUUCAACGAAGAACAACUACAUGACUCUUGUCUACACCAAUUCCAUGAUACUCCGCCUACCUCCACCAAUGGCGGUGAAUUUACCCCACAUUUUGUCCCAUUCUCACUUCGAAUCGAGCGGGGUCUCCACAAUGGACUUUGCUACGAUGCCACCAUCCUUGCUGGGUGCGCUCUAAUGUAGCUCCAAGCGUAGAGAUUUUCGUCGGUAUACAAAAGCCCUCGGCGGCCAGCAAGUACAGUCGACUUAAGCACGAUCAAUAGCUGCAGGUUUCUCGCCUCUAUCGAAACAUUGAAGCUGUUGAAAAUGUUCUUCUCGAUACCCCGUCUACUGACAGCAGGCCUGUUGGCCUCUGUGAUCCCUGCACAUACCAUCAGUAGAACAGAGAGGUUCCGUACUGUAGUCACUACUGACAUGGAGCAAGAUGACUUGGCCUCGCUCGUCCGAUACGUUCUAUACACCAAUGAACUCGACACCGAAGGCAUAAUCUACACAUCCAGCAAAUAUCACUGGGCUGGCGACGGUAAAAACACGAAGUUCUUCCUGCCAAAUCGCGAGUACAAUACUUCUCAGACAUCGUGGCGCUGGACCGGGACACGAACAAUUGAGGACAUCCUCCUAAAGGCAUAUGCCGAGAUAUACCGCAACCUACUUGUUCACGACUCAGCAUACCCUACACCAAAUGAUCUUUUGUCCAAGGUCAAAAUUGGCAACAUUGUUUUCGAGGGAGAGAUGGACCAAGAUACGGACGGCUCCAACCUAAUCAAGUCAUUGCUUCUCGACAACGACCAACGAACUCUCUACCUCCAAGCCUGGGGCGGAACCAACACCAUCGCCCGCGCCCUCAAAUCCAUUUCCGAACAAUACGCCCACACCGCGCAAUGGCUGCAUCUCCAAGCCUCCGUCUCCCGCAAGGCCGUCAUCCUCGCCAGCGGCUUCCAAGACGAAACCUACGCCGCCUACAUCGCGCCCAACUGGCCCGCCCUCCGCGUGGAAGACUUCUCAACGGCCUACAAUACCUGGGGUUUCAACUGCAACAAGGGGCAAGGCAAUGUCCGCGGCCUACCAGAUCAACAUGAAUUCUUCACCGGCGCUUGGAUCAAAGCAAACAUCCAGAUCGGCCCGCUUGGACGGCUGUAUCGCUCGUGGCUCGACGGGCAGCAUACACCCGGUGACCAGCUCGACGUCUUUGGAAACUACACGCUGGCGGCGGCGCCGGGCACGUGGUGCAAGCCGCUCGGGCCGUACGACUUCCUGUCCGAAGGCGACAACGUGGCGUUCAACCCGCUGCUGACGACCGGGCUCCAGGAUGCUAGCAAUCCGGCACUUGGGGGUUGGGGCGGCCGCUCGAAGCUGAAUAGCUCGACGCCUGAGCUGUGGCAGCUGGUGGUGACCGAGAAGGCGGCGAACGGGAGCGAGGUCAAGGACUGGACGACGAAUCGCUGGGUGGAGGCGGCGUCGAAUGAUUUUGCGGCGAGGAUGCAGUGGGGGCUUACAUCGAAGUAUCAGCAAGGGAAUCACGCGCCCCAGGUGAAGAUUGUGGGUGGCGCGAAAGUGAGGGCGAAGGCGGGGGAGACUGUCAAGCUGGCCGCUCGUGUGAGUGACCCGGACCGGGACGCGGUUACUGUGUCCUGGUGGCAGUAUCUCGAAGAGGGUACGUAUCCGGGUGAAGUCGCCGUCACGAGCGAUAAGCGUAGAGAUGCGAGUGCAAUGGUGCCGGCGGAUGCGAAGUCGGGGCAGACUAUCUCAAUUAUUGUGCAAGCGACUGAUGACGGGGAUUUCCCGCUGACGCGCUACGAUCGCGUCAUCAUCACUGUCAAGUAGACCAGCUACGUAUCAAUAUACUGAUGGAGCUUAUUAUAGGCUAUGAAACAUGGACAUAAAAUCCAGGUUGCACAGGCAUUGCGCUCCAUCAGUGCAAAUUAGACGUUUCCAGUGACUUGUCAUUGCAUGGACUGCUCUUUUGUCUUGCCCGCCAUCUUUUCCUGCCGUCAGAACAUUGCACCCCUUGUUUUCUAACCCUGCUUGGUAACAGGGACGAUAUCUGGCAUCACACCGCAGCGAGUUCUCUCUUAGCGUUCUGCAGCGGCUGGCGAGAGCACGUAAAAGCUUCCCAAUCGAACUAGAUCUAUGUGCUUCUUGGGACAUCAGCAGUGGAAACAUGCUUCCGUGAUCUU